CAGUGGCCAUAGGGUCAGCCCAACAUCGACAUUCAUGAUUCAUCGCAGCAGCCAACAAUCCACAAAAGCCUAGCCAUCCGCUCACCCCCUUCGCUUCGGUGACUCUCUCCCCAUCUCCUUCCCCUAGGCCGCCGCUAUGAAACCUCCGGUCGCCAUGGAUUCUGCCGGAGGAAACUCAGGCAAGCUGUUCGACGAAAUGCCUCCCCGUUCGUCGGAUCGAGGAUGCCCCCGGAGCCCGUCACCGGCGGCGAUGGAACACGGCUUCGACAGACACUGUGUGGUGCUCGGCGGAAUGCCCAAGAAGAGAUCAAGGUUGGAGUUGGACGCGGGGGUGUCACUGUGGGCAGGCCUUCAACCGGACAUUCUGGGAAUCGUGCUCCACUUCCUUCCAUGCCUUGCCGACCGUGCGAGGAUGCGGUCCGUGUGCCGUCACUGGCGAGCCAGCGCGAACGGCCACGUCCUGCCACCGCCGCUGCCCCUGCUGAUGCUUCCUGGUUUCAAGUUCUCGAGCCUAUCAGACAAGGGGGAUUUGAUGCCUGUGCGGUGCGUGCCGGUGCCUAAGGAAGUUGCAGCUGAUGAUCUCCGAUGUGUGGGUUAUUUUGAUGGAUGGCUUGUAGGUGUGACUCCUAACAAGGAUCGCAGCGACGAGUACAACAGAGAUGCCGAUGGUGACUGCUUCCUGGUGAAUGUUUUCUCUCGCAAGGUCAUCCGCCUACCGCAGCUGUGCCAUAUGCGUUACAAUUUUCCUGCUUACUCCAGUAAGACCCUCCGCAUCAUCAAUGGUUCUGGUGAGGUCUAUUUUCGUGUCAAUGAUAUAUACACAAUGUCACUAUGCAAUGUGGCACUAUCUGCUUCACCUGACUCAAGAGGCAAGUACAUUGUAGCUGCUUCCUCUGACCACAAGUGUGCAUCAAAACUUGCUCUCUGGCAGCCUGGGAUGAUUUCAUGGCAUAUUUGCGCUGGCGUUGACAUUGAUGGCCCAAGAGAUCUCACUUUUUACCUUGGGAAGCUGUAUGUGCUCCAAAGAUAUAAGAUACGCCUCUUUGCUUUUGAAGUUGGGGAGGACAAUGGUGGGCUCAUGGUCUCUCGCGUUAAGCGUUGUCUGAGUGCGCUGCCUCUCCAUCAUCCCUACCAGGGAGGUGGUGCAAUAAGUUGUAAUAUGGUUGUGUGGCGUGGAGAGCUAUUAUUAAUCAUCAGACACUACAGCGACAAUUACCGUGACCGAGAAGUUCUUAAAGUUGAAGUGUUUGCACUGGAUGUUAACACAAACCCUUAUGGACUAACUGAGAUUCACAGCUUGAAUGGUGACUGUAUCUUUGUUGGCUUAGGUGGCUGCAAGUCCUUUCCUGCUGGUCUACAUCAUGGAGUUGAAGGUGACCAUAUCUACUUUGUCCCUGAUGAUUGGAAGCCUUAUGAUACAUUUGUGUAUAGCAUGAGAGAUGAGAACAUGACCACUGAAAGCUCGCUUCAAUUUGAGUUUCACACAUUGAAACUCCUAUGUGACAACCAAACAUUGUUUGGAGUUUGGACACUUGGUGGAGGUGACCUCCUGCUGUGUUGUAACUGACAAGGUUAAAAGAGCCUUUUCAGCUAGAAAAUUGUCAAUAGACUGAGUUGAGAAAUAAGAUGGGGAAUGAUAGGUUGAAUCAUAUUGAGAGAGAUGUUUUGGCAAUCACUGAAGAUGAUAUUUUGUAAUAUUUCCUAGAACUGAAUAAUAGAGUGAAAAAGUUUACCUCCGUUAUCUCAAACUAGAGCAAAUGAUAUGUUGCAUUCCUACCAUUUUUGUUCAUUAAUCAAUUGUAGUUUGUAGAUUGCAUCUGUAUUUUUUUUUGUCAAAUGCCAAUCUUGUAUGUGUAGGUUCACAUUUGAUAUUGUUCAUGAAGAUAUGAGAGAUGAGGAUGAACCAAAUCGUCGUUGUUGCCCUCAUCCCAUUCUGCUUAGUAUUAUUGUAAGUGGUUCAGUAAGUUGCAACAUCGUGGUGUGGCAUGAUAGAUUUGUACUCUACAACACAAGAAAUGGUAUGAUGAAGCCCUUUGCUCUCAAAUUGUUACCUUGCAACAUUGGCGUUCCUGAGGAAAUCAUUGAUUUUUCCAGUGUGGUUAUUUCCAUCCAACUGAUGCUGCAGAGCAAAUCUGAUAUUUCUCACUGUAUGGUGCUACUGUUUGUUCUUCGAAGAUUAUGAAGACUGAACGAGUUGCUACCUGUCUUUUGACAUCUGUAUGAUUUGGACAAUGGUUUGCAUUGUCACCUAUGUUCAUGUCUGUAUGAUUUGGACAAUGGUUUGCAUUGUUACUACGUUCAUGUCACCCUGGGAUUAAAGGUUAUUAAUUUGGAGGAAAAGUAUUCCAUACCUAUUGAGGUUUGGAACUAAUCCUCUCGAUCCCAUUUAAUCUCUU